AUGGUGUUAUUACUAACGAAGACUAUCUGCUGUUAACUGUUAGCUAGAACCUGACAUUUAUUACUUAUUUAUUUUUAUUAAUUUUACUUCCAAGAGAAGGUAUUUCCGGGAUUUCCCGUCUGAUUCGACAUGCUGCAAGUUUUGGUUGGUUUGUGGCUAGUAUUCUUUACAGCCACCCAGGCUCUGGACAAUGGGCUCAUGAGGACUCCACCCAUGGGCUGGCUGGCCUGGGAACGCUUUCGCUGUGAUAUUGACUGUGAAGAUGAUCCCCAGAACUGCAUCAGUGAAGUGCUCUUCAGGGAUAUGGCAGACCGUCUGGCUGAAGAUGGCUGGAGGGAGCUUGGAUAUGUCUACAUAAACAUUGAUGACUGCUGGGCUUCCAAGGAGAGAGAUGAACAGGGCCGAUUGCAGCCUGAUCCAAAGAGGUUCCCUGGUGGCAUCUCAAAACUGGCACGCUACGUUCAUGACCGUGGGCUAAAGCUGGGCAUCUAUGGUGAUCUGGGCACUUACACAUGUGGAGGGUACCCUGGAACAACACUUGAUAAGAUUGAGAUAGAUGCACAGACUUUUGCUGAGUGGGAAGUUGACAUGCUCAAACUGGACGGCUGCUACUCCAAUGCGUCUGAGCAAGAGCAGGGUUACCCACUCAUGUCAAAGGCCUUAAAUGCUACCGGACGGCCGAUUGGUUAUUCAUGCAGCUGGCCUGCCUAUCAGGGUGGGCUUCCUCCUAAAGUAAACUACACCUUGCUUGGUGAGAUCUGUAACUUGUGGCGUAAUUAUGAUGAUAUCGAAGACUCAUGGGCCAGUGUCCUGGGCAUUGUGGACUGGUUUACUAAAAAUCAAGACAUCUUACAGCCUGCUGCUGGACCAGGACGUUGGAAUGACCCUGAUAUGCUGGUCAUUGGAAAUUUUGGACUCAGCAUGGAUCAGUCACGUUCUCAGAUGGCAUUGUGGGCAAUAAUGGCUGCUCCACUUUUCAUGUCCAAUGACCUGAGGACCCUAAACAGCGGGGCACGUGCCAUACUUCAGAACAAAGCCGCUAUCAGCAUCAAUCAGGACGUUUUGGGAAUCCAAGGCCGGCGGUUGCUCAAGGAAAGCAAUGGUAUAGAGGUGUUUUGGCGUCCUCUGUCCAAUAAAGCCAGUGCUUUGGUCUUCUUCAGUAGAAGGACUGAUAUGCCAUACCGCUAUCAGACAUCUCUGCAAGCUCUCAACUAUACAGCAGGCACCUACAAGGUAUAUGAUGUAUUCAUGGAAAAGCCCAUGCCUAUGCUGAAGGACAGCACACCGUUUGUUGUCUCCAUCAACCCCUCAGGUGUGGUCAUGUGGUAUGUUGCUCCAUCAGCUGAAUGGAAAAAUGAGGCAAUGUCCAGUCACUUCAAUGAGAAACUGAAGAGCCCUAAAUUUCUUUAAUGUGAUGACUGUACUGCCUUUUAAAGCAUUUUAAUAACUGUACUAUCCAUUAGCAAGCUUGGCUAAAAAACAAUGAAAAUUUGAAUGUAAUGUAAUGCCCUAUGUUUAAACCAUAUGAAGGUUGUUCUGAUCUUGAGCCAUAAAAACACAACACUUUUUAAAACUUUUUGGCAAAUCUUGGCAGUUCUAUGGUAACACAAGAACUGUUUCGUACAAUCGGUGUGGGCAGGGAUGUGGAUGAAGAAAUUAACACAGACUUUAAUCAUGUUUUUUUUUUUUCAUAGAGAUUUUAAUGGUCAUAUUAUUAAACAACUGUAGGUUGUAUUUGAUUGAUUUUAGUUAAAAAAAAUAAAGGACUGGAAACUGGCAAAAA